AUGGCAUUUAUUGUGUUUAAUAUGGUGGCUCAGCAUGAGGAGUUUCUAGACCUCCACAAGGAUGAGCUGGAGGCAUACUUGGCCAGCGAUGAGCUGUGCAUUGGCAGGGAGGAGGUGGUGUUCGAGGCAGUGAUGCUUUGGGUCUACCAUGGCGUGGAGUACCGCAGACCUAUGCUGAAAGAUCUGCUACAACAUGUCCGACUGGCUCUCCUUCACCCAAACUAUUUUGUACAGACGGUGGAAGGCGAUAAACUGAUCCAGAAUGCUCCAGAAUGUUACCAGCUGCUGCAUGAAGCACGUCGCUAUCACAUACUUGGCAAUGAGAUGAUGUCGCCACGAGCCAGACCCCGAAGGUCUACUGGUUUCUCUGAGGUCAUUGUGGUGGUGGGAGGCUGUGAGCGAAUGGGGAGUUUCAAUCUGCCAUACACAGAAUGUUACGACCCCGUGACGGGAGAGUGGACGUCUCUUGCUAAACACCCUGAGUACACUAAGUCUGAGUAUGCAGUGUGCGCUCUCCGCAAUGACAUUAUUGUGUCAGGUGGACGCAUCAACAGCAGUUACGUCUGGAUGUAUAACUCUCAGCUUAACAUCUGGAUCAGAGUGGCUUCUCUUAAUAAGGGUCGCUGGAGACAUAAGAUGACCGUCCUUUUGGGGAAGGUGUAUGCAGUUGGAGGUUAUGAUGGGCAGACUUGUCUCAGUAACGUGGAGGUGUAUGACUCCUUCUCCAACCGCUGGACUAAGGUGGCCCCCAUGAAAGAAGCCGUCUCCUGCCCGGCGGUCACAAGCUGUGCGGGAAAACUUUUCGUCAUUGGAGGAGAACCUUAUGAAAACAGCUGCUCCAGUAAGGUCCAGUGUUAUGACCCAGAGUCAGACAGCUGGCAGCUGAAGGCAUGUAUUCCCAUCACCAAACCCAAUAUCUCUGCCAUUUCUCUCAAUCACCUCAUCUACGUAUGUGGUGGCCUCACCAAGUCCAUCUACUGCUACGAUCCUUCACAGGACCACUGGAUACAUGUGGGCCACACCUUCAGCAGACAGGAGAGUUGCGGUAUGUCAGUUUGCAAUGGAAAGAUCUACAUCCUGGGUGGACGGGGAGAAAAUGGCGAAGCCUCUGACAACAUCGUGUGCUACGACCCGGCCUCUGGCAUCAUCACAUGCACGGCUGCUAUGCCUCGUCCCAUUUCCUACAAAAAAAAAAAAAUGUUUCCCCAUUCGUAG